CUCGUCUUCGCGUCGCGUCACUCGCUUAGCCGACAAGCCCAACUCACACUCGCGUUGCGCUGGCCACGAACGCGUCUUUGCUCUCGAUAUGUUUCCCCCCGACCCUCUGCCCGUUCCAGAGAUACCGCUCACGCGGCCACCGACGUCUGUGCUGCCUCCGACGCAGCGGACGCCGUCUUUCGUGCUCGGCGCGUCGAACAGGUCGUAUAAGCACCAAUAUGCGAACAUAUACUUUGCGCGACUGCAGCUACUGAGGAAGUACGUGCUUGCGAGAGCGACGCGGAGAUGGAAGGACGUCUCGGGAAAUCCCGUUUUUGUGUCCCGCGUGCUCGAGGUCAUCAAAGGCAAGCUCUGCUAUAUUAUAGGCACGGUCUACAUGGACAUGCCUCUCAAGCCAAAUGUCCUCCAGGACAUCGCACGAGACCACUCCCUCCCUGCGCCACCACCGCGCACAAAAUACUGCAGCCCUGACGACCAAGUCAUGCUGGAGGAUGAGUCCGGGCGCAUCUUCCUCGUCGGUGAGCGGCUUCGUGCGGCGAGCCUGGUCACCGGCGUCAUCGUCGGCGUGCUCGGGAUAGAGACGAGCGGCGGCGAGUUCGAAGUCGUCGACGUUUGCUACGCAGGGAUGGCGCCGCAGCCGUCGCGGGGGCUCGAGUGGGGAAAGAGCGCGCAGAAAGACGAGAAUAUGGAAGUUGAUGGUGCUCUGGGUGAGGAGCACGAUGACGAGUGGGUCGCACUCGUAUCCGGGCUUGAGAUCGGCGCCCCGUCACCUGCAGACGCACAAAUACAAAUGCUCGUUGAAUAUCUAACAGGAGAGGCAGGAGGCCCAGAUGACCAAGCCACGUGUUCUCGAAUAUCUAGGCUGGUCAUCGCCGGAAAUUCGUUCUCACAAGCUGUGAGCACGAAUGCUAGCACGAACGACGACCAAAAGGCCGGACGAGACCGGAAAGGACGCCGUUACGGCCACGAUCCGGCUAACUUCUCAAUACACCCGACACUCACGCUUUCCGCGCACCUCCUUGACAUCGCGCGCUCCAUGCCUGUCCACAUACUACCCGGUGCCUCGGAUCCCGCCGGUACGCUCCUACCUCAACAGCCCUUCCCCCGCGCAAUGUUCCACGGCGCGUCCGCAUAUGCCUCUUUCUCUUGUGAAACCAACCCGACGUAUAUUCGCGUCGGAGCCCCCUCCACCUUCGUUCCACCCGUGUCCAACACUGGGAAGGGCAAGCAAAAGGCGUCCGCCGCCGCCACUUCUACCUCGAACGGCGCCGCAGCGAACUCGGGGCCCUCGCGCACGAUACUGGUCUCGUCUGGCCAGCCAGUAGAGGACAUGUACAAGUAUCUGCCCUCGCCGCCACAUACGCGACUCGCGCUCGCGUGCCAGUCGCUGCACUGGCGCCACCUCGCGCCGACCGCGCCGGACACGCUCUGGUGCCACCCGUACUUCGCGCAGGACCCGUUUGUGCUCGCGGAGACGCCGGACGUAUAUGUCGUUGGGAAUCAGCCUGCAUUUGGGACGAAGAUCAUCUCGGAGCGUGGGUGGGGGAAGCGGCGCGGGGGUGGGGGCGACGAGGAGAUGGAGGUGGACUCGGAUGGGGAUGAGGUGGAGGAGAAGGGCAUGGAGGGGGAAGGUGGGCAGAAGAGGUGUAGGGUCGUGCUGGUGCCUACGUUCAAGAAGACGGGUGUGCUGGUGCUUCUGAACUUGCGGACGUUGGCUGUGAGGACUGUGCAGUUCGCGGUGGAGGGGAUGAGCGGGGCAGCAGAGGAUACAUGAUAUGCAGUCUAUAGGUGGGCCUAGCUGAUUUUAUUGCGGUAUUGUCACGGCCGGUCUCUCUCAGUUCUGAUGUUCAAGAAUUUUGGUUGUCAGGAUUUGCACGUCGGCUUCGGUGGUUUGCCGCGUGCGAUCUCGGGGGAAGUGAUGUACAACUAGGUGUGCGAUUAUCAUAGCUAUUAAGAGUGCGGCGACUGUAUGUGACUACUAAGCGUCCACAUUGUCUCCCGCCCGGACCGCUCAUGCAUACAGAGGAUCGAAUGGGAACCGGGUGACGUGCGGCAGUCGAGGUGCACCAGGUGUCGGCG